GAUACAUCCAAGAGAAUAUACAUGGAUACUUUUUCACAUGUUCCUCCUGGUUUUCGAUUCCAUCCUACCGAUGAAGAACUUGUGAAUUACUAUCUCAGAAAAAAGAUGGCUUCAAAAAAGAUUGACCUAGAUGUAAUAAAAGAUGUUGAUUUGUACAGAAUUGAGCCAUGGGAUCUUCAAGAAAAAUGUAGGAUAGGAACAGAAGAGCAGAAUGAAUGGUACUUUUUUAGUCACAAAGACAAGAAGUAUCCAACUGGUACUCGCACUAAUAGAGCAACAGCAGCAGGAUUUUGGAAAGCCACCGGAAGAGACAAGCCAAUUUACUCGAAGCAUAACCUAAUUGGCAUGAGGAAGACCUUAGUAUUUUAUCAAGGCCGAGCCCCUAAUGGGCAAAAGUCGGAUUGGAUCAUGCAUGAGUAUCGGCUUGAAACUAAUGAAAAUGCACCUCCCCAGGAAGAGGGUUGGGUUGUUUGCAGGGUGUUCAAGAAACGAGUGCCAACUGUCAGGAAGGCAAGUGAACUUGAAUCUCCUUGUUGGUAUGAUGAACAAGUCUCCAUCAUGCAAGACCAACUUGAUUUCCAGAAUAGGAUUGCAAUCCAGACCAACAUGACAUACCACCAGCAUCUUCAAUCCUACAAGGGAGAGACAAAGAUGCACUACCACUUACCACAUGAACCUUUCCACCAGCUCCCUCAGUUAGAGAGCCCUAAGCUUCCAAACUACAUCAACCAUGGAAGUUCUCUCCAAUGCUUUACAACUUCAGAGGACAAAACAGUACAGCCCAGCCACCAACUUCAGAUGAUCACAUUUUAUAAUAGCAGUGGAGACAUAGAUCAAGCAGUUGAGCAAGUGACAGAUUGGAGAGUUCUUGACAAGUUUGUUGCUUCCCAGCUUAGCCAUGAUAUAUCAAAAGGACCUGAAUAUUCAGAUGCAGUUGAUGUUCUUCAAGUUUCUGAUACCCAAGAAGUGGCAGUGGAGUAUGCUUCAACAUCCACCUCAAGCUGCCAAAUUGAUCUAUUGAAGUGAAAAAAAUAAUAUAAUGGUCGAAUAAUUAGAAGCAUAUAUAAUUAGUGAUAGUAGAUAAUUUGAUAUCAAUCAGAUGAACAAGGCAUGAUUAUGGUUUUUGUACAUAAGUGACUGAAAACUGUAGUGUCAGUUGUGCUUUGGACAUUUGUAAUACUAGCUGAGGUUGGUCAAUUGAUAUGGCAUAAAUAAUAUGAAUAAGGGGAUGUGCAUGUGAUGGAAGAGUUGAGGGUUUUGAUGAUCUAAUCAGCUUUUAUUGUGGAAUAUACGUGUCUUGUGCGGAAUUAAGCAACAGUUAAUAAAUA